ACUCUUCAUUUCGCUCCAACAUAUUCCGCAUCAUACUUCGGGAAAAAUUGAUUUCGCGUUAAAGUUAUAAGUGUAAACAAAAUAAAAUAAACUUAAACUUAAAUUGAAUUUCAAGAACAAUGAAUAGACCAAUAACAGUUGUAAAAAUUCAAAAGACAAAACCAGUGGAGAUGGAUCAAAUUGUUGAAGUUUUUGAUUUCAAAUGUCAAAACAAAAGCUAUGAAUGCUCACUUCCAGUUGAGGAGGGUCAUAAGCAUUGCAUUAAACAUAUACUUCAAGCUCCUACAACAAAAUAUAAACAAUGUUCUUACAUCUAUUCGAAUGGAAAACAAUGCACUCAAGCAAAGCUUGUGGAAGAACGAACAGAUCCAAAUUUUUCAACAUUUUGUAUCGAGCAUACGAGAUUAAAUCAAAUAAAUAAAACAAAAUCUUUAAUUGGAACAUUUAAACACAUGGAUUCAACUGAAACGCUCGUUCAUAGUCUCACUCAUCAUGUGAAGAUCGAUAAAAUCAAACCUCAAAGUACAACAAAGAUUACGCCUUUUGAUGAGGACGAAGAAAUUGAUGUUGUUACACCAACAGUUGAUCCGUUCUUUGAUAUCAAUGCGAGUGAGAUACUCAAUCGUGGAAAAAAUAUUCUUGAUUUUGCAUCAGACAGUUCAUCGGAUGAAGAUCCGCCUACAACGUUGUUCAAUACAUGGCGCUCUCAUGAGCUAGACAAUUCUGAUGAUGAAAGUGUAGAUUCAUCAGAUGAUGUUUUGAAACAUGCUGGAGUUUAUACUGUAGAUGAAGUUGUGGCAAUUUCAAAAGAAAAAAUGCAAAGUCUUCAAUCAUUGUACAUAGAUCAGUUUCAAAGAUUGCAGUAUGUAUUAAGAGAAAAACGACGUCAACAUCUUCAUGAUCUUAAAAAAGAAAAGGAAACUCUCUCAAGCAUACAUGACCAGAUAAAAGAUUCUCCAAAGGAGCGCAAACUCUAUCAAAAUUUGAAAGCAAUGAAUCAUUAUCAUCGAAGAUAUGGUGUUGAGGCGAUUCUUCAUCGUCAAUAUCUCGAGAAGCGUCAGAAACAAAAUGAAACAAUUUCAAUGGCUGCUCCAACACUUGUAUUACAGAAAAACAUCCCAAAAUGUACUUAUAUUGAAGGCGGUGUUAAAUGUAAUGAGCGAUCGAUUCCUUGUUGUAAAUAUUGUCGCAAGCAUAUUUUAGAAGAUAAAAAACAAAUUCUUUUUAAAGCUUGCAGCAUUGAAAAGUCAGGAAUUGUCUGCCAAGAUCCAGUUGUGAAUAUCUUUGAAGAUUCAGCUUGUGUUCUACAUACGUCAUUUCCAAUACCCAAAUCUUACAUGAAACGAAAAUAUGAAUCUGAGACAGAAGAAGAGGAGAGUGAUACAUCUAAAGUUAAUAUUAAAAAAGAGUAUUUAGAUAUUGAAAUGGACAUCACGACCAGUGAGUUGCCCAAUGAUUGCAUUGUCAAUGAAAGUGAGAAAACUACUCAGGAAGACGAUGUAAUUCCUGAACCUUCAAGCACAGAAGAAGUCAUCGUGGCAUAAAAACAUUUUGAAUAAUCGUUGUAAAAUAGUUUUUGGCAUUUUUAUUGAAAGCUUUACUGUCAUUUUAAAGAAAUAAACAUUAUAAGAAAAA